AUGUCAAGCAAAGCCUCGUCGCCUGCCUUGACGUUCGAGCUCAAGGGCCAAUGCUCGACGAGCAAAGCACGAGCAUCCACCCUCACACUCCCACACGGAUCCGUUGAUCUCCCUAUCUUCAUGCCAGUAGCGACUCAGGCAUCGCUGAAGGGUUUGACACCGGAGCAGUUAGAAGAAACUGGAUGCAAAUUAUGUCUGAACAAUACAUAUCAUCUCGGACUCAAGCCUGGUCAGGCGGUCCUUGACACUAUCGGGGGAGCUCACAAGUUCCAGGGUUGGAAUUACAAUAUUCUGACUGACAGUGGUGGCUUUCAAAUGGUCUCGCUACUCAAGUUAGCCAAAGUCACCGAGGAAGGCGUCCGCUUUCUCAGUCCUCACGAUGGCACUCCGAUGCUGCUUACUCCCGAGCAUUCUAUUGACCUUCAGAACUCUAUCGGCUCGGACAUCAUAAUGCAGCUCGACGAUGUCAUUCAAACGACUUCACCAGAUCGUGCGCGCAUGGAGGAAGCCAUGUUGCGGAGUGUCAGAUGGCUUGAUCGCUGUAUGACCGCUCACAAGCGCCCAAACGAUCAGAAUCUCUUCUGUAUCAUUCAAGGAGGGCUUGACCUCGACCUCAGACGUGAAUGCUGUCAAGAAAUGGUCAAGCGAGACACGCCUGGAAUAGCUGUCGGCGGACUGUCUGGUGGCGAGGCCAAAAGUGAUUUCUGCAAAGUGUACGUACCUUUUUUCCGAACCCCACAACGAGUUGGCCCCUGCCAACCAACCCCGAAAUUGGUGCCACCUCCGCGUAUGCAGGCUGUCGAACUGACACUCGGUGCCCACGACAGGGUCGACACGUGCACCAGCCUCCUUCCAGCACACAAGCCCCGAUACGUGAUGGGCAUUGGCUACCCGGAGGACAUCGUGGUGGCUGUAGCCUUGGGUGCCGAUAUGUUCGACUGUGUGUGGCCGACACGAACGGCUCGAUUCGGAAAUGCUAUCACAGCUUUUGGUGUGCUCAACCUGAAGCACGCGAGGUACGCCAAUGACUUUGAGCCGAUGGAAGCAGGCUGCAAGUGUAUAGCAUGCCGACCACGUACAGAGGGUGGCUUGGGCAUCUCGAGAGCCUACAUCAACCAUCUCGCCGCCAAGGAGACCGUUGGCGCUCAUCUGGUCACGAUGCAUAAUGUUCAUCAUAUGCUGAACUUGAUGCAGCGGAUACGCAAUGCUAUCUUGGAGAAUGACUACGCGCACUUUGCGGCGGACUUCUUUUCGAAGUACUUUCCAAAGGAGAAAGGACCGCCAGAAUGGGCUGUUGAAGCGUUGCGAGGUGUUGGAAUAGAUAUUUUGGCACGGAAGGCUCCUUGA